UGCAGGCUUUCGCACGAAGCCUGGUAAGUAAGAAAUAUCCAAGAUUUCAACAGAGCGUAAUGAUGAAUAAUAUUUCGUCUCGUUACCUAAUGGUUUGUUUCGAAAAAAAUUCAAACAUCAAUUUGAUCGAGCAAAGAGUCUGUGUCGAUUCGCGCGCAGUAUUUGGAUUGGACCCCGAAGUGCAUUGCGACAUGGCUGCGCGUGCGCAGUGGUAAAAAACAAAAAUGUCGGCAGUUGGCAGCCGCCGUUUCUAGCCGAGAAGAGACCGACAGAAGAUCUGGCUAAAAUCGCCGUGCAUCCUCGCACGCGAAUGCCGUAUCACGCGUGCCGAAACCUUCGGCGUUAUUGUAAAUACUUGUGAAUAGUGUAUCUAGUUUUAGUUUUACGAUAAAGUCAGGGUGAAUCGAUAAAAGAAACCGUGGAAAAUCUUGCUUGUGAGUUGCGGAUUUCCGCGUAUAGCGUCUAUCCAACGAAUCCCGGAACUGUUUUAUCCGAUCCCGCGAUAAUUAUACCCAGAUAAUAAUCCACAACCGUGUUUGUUCUACCCUGAAGACCUCGAGGGAUGCUAUAAAUAGUGAAUAUAGUUUGUAAGAGUCAAACUCUCAAAAAUCUCUUUGUGUUUUCGUGUUGUCAAAAAUUCGUCCGGGCUGCCAUUGCUGGUUGGUUGCCUGCUGCCGCUGUACCCCUCCGUGCUUAGAAAUGUCAUGCCAGCCGCGAAAAUAAUGCUUUUAAAUUAAGUCAUCGUUAUCGCGGCCCAUCUAUACUCUAUUUCGGUGUUGAUAAGUGUGAUUAUUCAACGUGUAAAGUGUUUGACAAGACUAUGAAGUGGCUACCCGGAGGCGGGGGCGAACCGGCACCCCCCAUGCAGCUGCAUCACCCCUCUGCCAACGGCCACAUACCCACCGAGGCAGAACAAUGCGCUCAAAUUAUGGCAGGUGGCGAUGGGGUUCGUAUACAAUCUGGACAAAUCGCCCAAAUGGGUAUCGGCAGAACUCAAGAUGAUGCGACCGUUGGUUACGUUUUCCAGAGACCAACAGAACAGGACUUCAUUCCUCAGACUUCGAGCUAUCAAACUAAGCAGCCAGCCAGGGCCUGGGCCCUUGCCGACGAUGCCAUUAUCGAUAAUAACCAUGACAAGUGGAAGUAUCCAAUGACUAAACUAGGCAUACCUCAACAAAGCCAACCUCAGCAGCUUGGCUUGCAAACCAUGAACAAUGUUCAUCUACCCUACGAGUUGCACACCAUGCAACUGAAGAGUGGUGGUCCAGGAGCGGAGCAUUUGGUAUAUCUGAACAAUCAGAUGGCGCCGCAGCAUCAGGUUGCUCUGUAUCAUCACCAGCAGCAGCAACAACAGCAACAGCAGCAACAACAACAACAACAGCAACAGCAACAGCAAUUCAGAAAUGGCCAGAUCGCUCCCUCGGCAAAAAAACUUUGGGGCGUCGAUGAAGGCGGGUCUAAAGAUGAGGGGGGAGUCAAAGGCGGUGGGAUACUUCACCUGGGAGAUCAUCAGAUGUGGCGCGAUUCUACCUGGAGUACGUCAGACAAUGCAGUUUCGCAACCGAUCUCAAUGGGCACUGGAAGACGUGCUACCGGAUACCACCACCACACUUCCGAGGUUGGGGCGGUUCUCAGCCCUAGAGGCAGCGAAACCGGAGGUCUUGGCGUUAAAAUGGUCGAGUACGUUCUGGGAUCAAGUCCCACCACCCCAAAAGACUUGGAGCCUCGAAUGGGUUCCCUGAGAUUGAACACGGACGGAGACAAAAAAGAGAAAGAGAAGGGUUCGGCGAGCCCCUUCGAUGGUUCUAAGGACGACAACGGACCCCAGGGCAAUGGACUGGGCCCCCAAAAUGGCCUUGACGACGACAAAGGAUUUAAAUAUUUUUAUUCGGUUCACAGUCGCACGCCGGGUAGCAGACAGCCUUCGCCAGGGGAGGAGGACUUCCAGAAGAAUGUAUCUGCUACCCUCGCUGUGUCGACGGGGGCUGGAGGCGUCGUGCUCCUGAAACAGGGGAUCGACGUCGUCGGUACCGAGGAACACUUCAUGACGGCCUUCGGUCCGGCCCCUCACCUCCAGCAUCAUCAGGCCCCCCCGGCCCACCACUUACCUCAUCCACAUUCUCACGCCGCUCAAUUGUUCAGCGCCCAGGGUCCACCGCCUCAACAGGGUCCGCCUCCUCAGCAACAGCAGCAGCAACAGCAACAGCAACAACAAGGUCCUCCCCAGCCACAGGACACCGCGACACAUUUUGACGUCCAGCAACUCUUCCGCAGCCAACAACAAGCGGCGACACCCCAACAACUUCAGCUGCUACAGCAGCAGCAGCAGCAACAACAGCAGCAACAAUACUUGGCAGCAUCUCAAGCGCAACAGCAGCAACAACAACAGCAAAAUUUCCCAACUGCUCCUUACGCAGUAAUCAGUGGGCAGGAGCCUUACGUAGGGGCAUUGAUCACUGGAGCACCACCUGUUGUUCCCCAGUAUUAUGGAGUCGCACCUUGGGUCUAUCCAGCAGGUCUCCUGCCACAAGCUCCGCCACAAGCCGCUGCUCCACCACCUCCGAGGAGACCCUUGACACCCUCUUCGGCUGCUGCAGCUGCUGUCGCUGCUCAGGACACUGCAAACAACUUGGCUCAAACGGUUCAAGGACAGUAUCAGGUGAUACCUGCUUACUACGAUCAAAAUGGAUCAAUUGUUAUGGGAGGCGUUCGCGGACUGGGAUCAGCUGCAACUCCAAUGAGAUUAGUCAGUCCAGCACCUGUUCUUGUUAACAGAGCACCAUCUCAACCUCAGCCAGGUCCUCCUGCGCCUCCACCGCCUAGUCUAUAUUCACAACCAACUCCAACAUCGCAUAGCAAUGCAACACCUGGAGAGUGUUUAGGUCUGGCGUGCAGUGCAGCAGCUGCAGUGGUUCAGGCACAAGCAGUUGCCGUGCAACAAGCACAACAACAAGGCUCUGGAUUAGCUGCUGGCUUAGCAGCACUAGGGUAUGGUGGAUCCCCGCUAGGUGCGCUGGGGUCUCCCGCCCAACUACAGAGUACAGGAUUAGGUCUUGGAGCUUCAUCUACUGGGAGAAGGGAUUCCUUUGAUAGAAACACGUCAGCCUUCAGUCCAAGUCUCGAAUACAGUAGAGCUAAAUGGCCUCAAAGCUACGGCGCACUUGGAACAGUAACAGCAUCGCCAAGUCCUCUAGGACUAUCUUUGACGCCACCGCCGGCUCUUGGAGGUUCCUUGGGUGGAUUGGUAGGAGGUGCAAGUCGUGUGUCUGCUGCCCCUGGUGCUGAGGCCAAGUUUAGGGCCAGCGCAGUUCCUGCUUUAACAGCUAACGGUGUUUUUGGAUCUAGUAGCUCGCUCUUUCCAACUUUGGUAGGAAAACCUGGGCGCAGCGGAGCUACUGGAGUUGGAGAUAAAGGUGCUGGCGGACGUUCUCGUUUGCUUGAAGAUUUCAGAAAUAAUCGGUUUCCGAGCUUGCAGUUGCGUGAUUUAGCUAAUCACAUUGUGGAAUUCAGCCAAGACCAACAUGGCUCAAGAUUCAUUCAGCAAAAACUAGAACGAGCAUCUGCUGCCGAGAAGCAGCUAGUAUUUCAAGAAAUUUUGGCAUCAGCCUAUUCCCUGAUGACUGAUGUAUUCGGAAAUUAUGUUAUUCAAAAGUUUUUCGAAUUUGGUACACCCGAACAAAAAUCUACUCUUGCCCAAAAGGUCCGUGGUCAUGUGCUACCAUUGGCAUUACAAAUGUACGGUUGCCGUGUUAUUCAAAAGGCGUUGGAAUCUAUCGGCCCUGAGCAACAGCAAGAAAUCGUACGCGAGUUGGAUGGUCACGUUUUGAAAUGUGUUAAGGAUCAGAAUGGAAAUCACGUUGUUCAGAAAUGUAUCGAAUGUGUCGAGCCUCGCGCUCUUCAAUUCGUUAUCGGAGCUUUUGCUGGACAGGUAUACUCCUUGAGUACUCAUCCUUACGGGUGCAGGGUCAUUCAGCGGAUCCUCGAGCAUUGUACUCCCGAGCAAACCCAAGGGAUCUUACAAGAACUUCACUCUGCUACGGAUCAACUUAUUCAGGAUCAGUACGGGAAUUACGUUAUCCAACACGUACUUGAACAUGGAAAACCAGAAGAUAAAGCUCAGUUGAUUGAAAGUGUUCGAGGAAAAGUGUUGGCAUUAUCUCAACAUAAGUUUGCCAGUAAUGUGGUGGAAAAGUGUGUAACACAUGCUACAAGACAAGAGCGAGCCGUGCUAAUAGAAGAAGUUUGCGGCUUUAAUGACAACGCUUUGAAUGUUAUGAUGAAGGAUCAGUAUGCUAAUUACGUUGUACAGAAGAUGAUUGACGUGGCAGAACCCGCCCAACGGAAGGUCUUAAUGCACAAGAUUCGGCCGCAUCUUGGAAGCCUUCGCAAGUACACCUAUGGGAAGCACAUAAUAGUGAAACUUGAGAAAUUCUUUAUGAAGACCGCAUCUGCGAUGGGUGUUACAACCCCGUCUGGCACCUCUACUGGAGCUGGAGAUCUCGGGCCGAUUGGUCCUCCAGCCUCCACUGCUGGUUCAGUUUCAACUCAGGCCCAACAACCUACUCAGGUUUUAUAAAUACGAAAUGAAUUCUUCGCACAUCCAUUCAACAAUUUAUUAUCACGUGUCGAAUAAUAUCUCGCUUAGCUUCAGUAUUGUAAAUCGAAAAUCAAAAUGUGUUUGUUAUUUUUGUGAAAGCGUUACCAAAUUGCCACCCUUGUUGCACAUAAGUAUGUAUAACGUAUUUCAAAUUUGGUGUUAAAAUGCCUAAUUGAUUUAGAGAAUUUAAUUCCGUAUUAAAUUACACGUUAUUACAUAUCUUUGGUAAAAUUUUCCUAUUCACAUUUCGAUUUUCGAAUUUUCAUACUCAUGGCAGUCCGUUGUAAGCAAAGUAUGAGAUCCAGUCCAUCUAAUACAAUGAAUAACAUUGCUGAUUAAUAAUUCGCAUUGUUGGAAGAUUGUUUGAGUAUUAAGACUUGAGAAUGUUUUCUGAAAUCAUUAUUUCUUAUGGAUAUAUCUGCAUUUGGUGGAUGUUGUGUCGUUUUUUCCUCCUUGUUUUUAAAAUAAUGCUUGAUCGAUUAUGUUUCGUUGAAGAAGAAAAAAACUGUACCGUGACUUUUCAUGGAUAAUAAAUAGUAGGGAUACCAACCCAAUAAAUACCCCGGUAUGGCUGAGCUACAAUAAAGCAAUCCCGCUAUAUACGGGCGAGUAUUGGGUGGUAUAUAUAUAUAUAAUCAUAUAUAUAUAAUCAUUCGUGGACAAGAGGUGUAAAAAUCCAAGUUCACAUUCGGUACAGAAAGAAUAUGAGCGAUUCACACAGCAGCUGAGGCUGCUAAUUGGUAAUACAAUGAUAUACCUACCAUUACAGUAUUUAGGAACAAUCGCAAUGUUGCUAAAUACUGUGCUGUUUAGUUAUUCUACACACAGAUUGGCUGGAUUCCACACAUUGAAUUUAUUGAUACCUAUAUUAUAAUAUCCUCCAAUCUUUCUCUCUUCUCUUUCAAUUCCCCACCAUCCACCCAUGUUGAAGAGAUACUAACGUUGAACUUAAUCGGAGAAAUCAUUUUGGAGAAAAGAUUGUGUAAUAAUUACGGAAGGUUGUGUACGUGAAACGUACUGUGCACAAAACCCCGAUGGGUACAGGCAUAAAAAUCUUACGCAAAUGUGUAGAGCUGGGAUAUGGUUGAAAACAUGAUUGAAAAAAAAAUCUAUUUCACUAUAGCGUGACGAAAAAAAAGAGUAAAAAAAUAUGACUUGAAUAGAAAGUUGAAAUGUCUAGACAGCUAGGGUAGACCAUAGCGCUGCAUGCAUUUAAUCAAUGUAAGCGAUGGGUAGAGUAUAUAUAACAUCUAUGUUAUGUAUGUACACUGCCCGUGCAGGCGUAGUAUUAUUGUUAUUCUCAUACUGGUUUUAAAAUAUCCACUGAUUGGUUUGUGACACGAGAAAAAAAUUUGGUAGGAUUAGAGCCAGCUGUUAUUUAAAAAGCUAGCAUAGCGUUUGACAUGGGAGUGAAGUUGAAGCACCCCUUCGGCCCUAACCUGACCUGAUCUGACUUUUGACCUACCCCCUAAUUUAAAUAUUUAUACGUGUAAUACCGCCGUUUCAUAUUUUUUUUUUAUAAUUAAAAAAAAAGAAAUAACUUACAAAAAUAUUUUCGCCAGUGAAAAAAAAAAACCACGGGAUAUUCAAAAGAUUUCUCUUCUCAUUUCAGCACAGUUUUCUCUUGUCUUUUUUUUUUUUUUUUUUUUUACCCUUCGAUCAAAAAAUCAUGUUAGUAGACAAAUUUUGUAAAUUGUGAUAUAAAUAAUUAUCAAAUGUGUAUAGGUAUGCCCCAUUUCCCAAAACUCCUCUCCUCCGCCCCGCGAAGAACCAUAAAUUCAGUAAUAAUUUUAUUUCAUCAUCCCUCCCUUCCUUUUUAACGGACACUGUGAAUAUUAUGUAUUAUAAUAAUUACUAAUUAAUUAAAUUAAAAAUAUGAUUUAUGUUCUAAUGUCAGCAUCUACUAUUCUGCCCCCACUUGUAAAAUAAGUCAAAUUUUUCGACCAAGAGACAUCUUCAAACAGAAGGCAAUUGCUUCUUUCUCCCAAAACCACUAAAUCCGCCUUUCGCGUGGAAUAUUUGAAUAUAAUUGAAUUUACUUGUAUAUUGUAUAAAUGAAAAUAUUCGGCUAAAAAAUCAACAAUUCAGCUCGCACAACAUGUGUGUAUUUCCGCUGUCCCUAUCCCCUUCCUCGUUCCGAGUGUAUUAUAUGACUAAUUAAGGUGCACUGCUCGAAAUGCUCUUCUGAAUUCGAGUUCGAGAGAUAAGAAAAACAAAUGAAAAGAAAUUAGUGAACAAGUUGAUUGGGGAAAACAUGUACUUUCAAUAUUUUCGAAUAUUCAUGAUAAGGAAACACUACCUUUAUUGAAAUUUAAAAAGUUGGCGUGUUUUUUUUCCCCUAUCUAUCUUCUUUUUUAAUCUAAAACAAUCCAAAAAGAAACAAAAAACGUACCCCGUGAUGACAUAAAUAUGGUAAAUGAUGCAACGUCGCACAACGUGUUAUUUGUGUUAUGGUGACACUUGUAUUAUGUAGCUAUCAUUUCGUACCAUAUCUCACACGUAAGUAGGUUGAUGAAAUGAAGAGUAGUGAUAGGACUGAGGAAUGCUCUGAAAAUAGAAUAAAUGCAGCCCAUUCUUACAAUCUCAUAUUUAUUAUAGUGCAUCCAUGAAACAUACGCGGAGUUGUUGUAAAUCUAUUAAUCCUGAUUUCUAUUUAUUGAAACAAUUUUCUUUCGCGAUAUGAACAGAAAAUGCAAGGAAAGCAUGAAUUUUUUUUUUUUUAUUAGAUGAUAAAAGUAAUUUUAAUUUAUUCCAAAUGAAAACGCGUUGUGGAAUGGAAACUUGACACAUGCGAGGUGCGCAGAUUGUAAAAUUUAAAAUAUUUCGUUUUUAUAAGUACACAAUAAAAUGCAACAAGGAAAAAUCCAGCAACCAACUCAAUGCACCACGAUUUUGUAUUAAAAGAAAAAAAGUUGAAAAAAAAAUUUUGCGAAUUUCUUUGUAAGAUAUUGUAAAUAACGGUUAAUUCGUGAAAUUGAGAAUUUCUCAGGUAUGUACCCUACUCUUCUUUUGGGGAAAUAGAGAGUAGCUAUUAUUAAAAAAAAAGUAUAACAAACCGAUCAAAUAAAAUUAGCGUGGGUGGAGUAGUAGCCUUAGACAUUGCAUAACAAACUUUAUUAUUUUCCAACACUACCGACUAUCGGCUUAUACAUUGAAAGAUCCCUCAACUAAAAUAUCACCAGAAGAAGGCAUUUCGAGACCUAUGCAUAACGAAUUUAACGUCACACCACAUCCGGACUGACAGACAUUCCAGCAACCCCUCGUUGACAGGAUUAAUAACACACAAAUUAUAAAUAUAUAAAAAUAUUAAAAUGAACAUAUAAUUAUAGUAUAAGGAAUACGGUUCCUUCAUCUGUAAAUCACGCGUCAUCUGUAAAUUAAAAAAACGCAUUUUUUAUCGCAUUAUUAUCUCGUCGGAUUAAAAGAAAAGAAAAAAAAAAAAAAAACCAACUGAAAAUCGAAUGCAAAAUCUCUCUCAUGUCUUAUUACUAAGAUUAUUACUAUUAUGUUACUAUAAUUAUUAUUUGAUUAAUGCUUCUUUCUUUUAAUUGUAUUCAUUAUAUGAUGACUAUUACUAAUCACUAGGAAUAUGCUAUAUAUAUAUAUAUAUAUACAUAUACAUAUAGAUAAGCAAACUGACAUAACACAUUAUAAAUAUAUGGUAAUAUAGACACCCUUGACUUUACUUAAUGUUUAGUAUCAACGUUAGUGAAAACAUUAAUAUCUAAUUGCUAUAUCUUUAACCUACUUAAGCUCCUUCAAUUUAUUAACAUUUUUGAUUAUAAAUAGUGUAAAUUUUUUAUAUAGAGUGAAAAAAAAGAAAACAUAUUGACCGAUAGCUCCAACCAGAGGCAUGGUCAUGUAUAAAAACUGCAUUUAAUACACAGCCUUUCAAUCUAUUAAUUAUCUUUGUUAUUUCAUGCCUGGUUUACAAAGAUACACUUCGUAAAAAGAUGAUAGUGAUCAUACUUUGCUGGUAGAUUUUACAGCAAGCAUCCUUGUUUCAGAUAUAUCUUGUUCAGAUCCCUCACAUUACUCAAAUCACUCUGAUGAAUUUACAAUCAUUAUUUAUUAUCCAUGUGAAUUGCAAACCACUGAAACAUCAGCAUCAGCUAUCCCAGAUUUCCUACCAAUUCAUGUGUGUUUGACAAUCUGCUGCAGUUUUCUCAUUACUAGUAAUAACGAUAAUGAUGAAGUAAUUCAUAGUCAUGGUUUUAUCCUAAGAUAAUUUUAUUGAUAAACUUUUACCAUCUGUCUUACUUCUCGUUAAUUAAAAUCUCAUUAGUGGUGAGUAGUAAAGAGAUACCAUCAAGUUUUAAGUGCGAAAUUUUGUACCUUAUACUAAACCGCGUAAUUUGUGGAUCAGGCAUUUUUAUUCUGGUGUCAAGAUUUCGUUGCUAUCGAAAAAAAAACUCCAUGUCACUUUUUAAUGAAGGAACAAUGAUUUACUAGACUUUGCAAACACCAAAACGAAAAUUGAUUAGUUGAAUUUGCUGUACCGUAGUCAGCCACAUCAACAUACUUUGAUUCUCUUAAUGGCAGAGAUAUAGGCGCCUUUUGUGUGGCAUGAUUGUUCACUGUAUAGUUUAUAAAUUAUUUGUAAUACUUGAUAUUCAAAAAUUCACAUAUUUAGUUGGCUAUUUAUAUAAAGUUAUAUUUCACCCAGUGAUUCAUAUACUGCAAAGUCUUCGCUUUUGUAUUUGUAAAUCUAGUAAUUGUCGAAAACUUCUUGUACAUUGUCAUUCUAGCGUCAUAUGCAUCUCACAGACAUCUGCAAACUCGAUUCACGCUUUUGGAAGAGGCUUUGCAUAUACAGAUUAGAAAUUUCACGUUCUAAACGCAACUGAUGCCCCACAAUUCAUAAAUCCUUACAGGCUAAACUGUUCUAUUACAUCCAUAACAAUUCGCUUCUCUUAAUCACCAGUUUUUUUAAAGCUAAAUUAGUAAUAACUUCAAAAAUUAUAAAUUUACUCUCAUUCUUUAAUUAUGCGUAAUCGUGAUACGGGCGGAAAACGUUCACCCGUUCUUACAGUAAAGCUUUUCUUAAAGUGGUGAAAGAUAGGAUGACAGUUUUUGUAUUGAAAUGGGAUGUGUAGUUGUGAAAAUGAACGUGGAACACUUUCUGCCCAUGAAUAUAGUGAUUCGCUUUGCGUAAAGUAUUCAUAUUUUUUUUCUUUCACUGCACUAGAUUCAGGAUGGACAAAAAAAAACUGAAAAUUGAUGGUUUGUUACUGACUCUUUAAUGUAAUGGACGUUCUCAUUUCAAGGAGUGUCGAACUCUUAAAAUAAUACUUUGAAAUAUUGAGUAGCAUAUAAAUAUUGAUUAUAUAUAUAAAUACAUAUAUAUAUAUAUAUAUAUCUGUAUAUGUAUAUCUAACUUUAACCUAUUGAUAUAUAAAAUAAGUACUAUUUAAACAUUGUAACAAUUGUAUAUGAUUUUACUACAUGCUAAUUGUAUUAUAACAGAUCUGCGACCUCCCACUUGUAGACACCCACCGGUUUAAAUUACCAUGCCGCUGAACACAGUUGAGAAAAAAAAAUCAUAGUUUCUUUAAAUCUUGAAAGUACGGGAAUUGUGCGCCCUGAUGUUAAGACUGAUGUACAGUAGCGCGCUAUUCUCCAAAUUACUAUAUUUCAAUACAUAAAAUACAAAAAUAAAACUCUCAUUCUUAGAGGUAAUUAAAAAAACACUGUACACUGGUUUAAUGUAUGCUGUUACAAUAAAUUACAUUCUAUAAUAUUUCAUUCGAAAUUGUAAGUUGAUAUGUAAAUUACACUGCACUAACAUACGCGUCAAUUUAACAACGGCAUAAUAUUUGCUAAUUGCAAGUGUUAUCCGCCAUUUUUCAGUUUCAAAUGUGAAUUCUGCAAAAAGAAUUAAUAUUUCUUUUAGAAAAAUAUUGGACCUUACAGGAACGAAAUAAACGUCUUGAAAAAUUGUUAGAUAUUAUAGCAGCAUACAAUUACGGACCGGGAAGAUUUAAAAGUGUAAGGUCGUUGAACGCAGUAUAUUUGAAAUAGACAAGAAUAAGUAGAUAAGUGGGAUGGACAGAUACAUGAAAAAUUGAAUAACUUGUAUAUUAGUGUAUAGUAUGUAGAAAGAUUAUGAAAUAGCCACAAAAAAAAAUCAUUUUCGACAAUGUUUUUUACAACAGGCAGUGUAGUGUGAGUAGAAAUAUGUCAUUACAUAACAUUUUAAAACAAGCAAUCAGAAACAGUAUAUUAAAUGCACUAUUAAUUAUCUGGCUCACAUGGUAGGUCCAUAAAGUUUGAACACCCAACAAAAAUAGAUAAUGUCCAAAAGCAUAAAGAAACUAGACGUUGCGAGAUUAAUGUUUUUACAAGAUAUAAAUGCUAAAAAGUUAAACAACGCCAUCCUUAAGUAAUCAUUUUUUCAGUUUGUCUUACUUUUUUUUUGUUUCCUAUCUUUCGGUCUUUCACUCAUUUAUAUUUUCUUGUUUUUGACACUAAUUGGUAGAAUGAAGUGUACAGGAGGACAAGAGUGUUGGAUGAAAUUUUUCAAAGUAAUACAGAAGAAUAAUCGAGUUGAUUUUCUAAUACAUGAGACCUGAAAAAAAACAGAUUUGGAAAAAGUUUAAGAAUCUGAUGUUUCUAUAUCCAAUUCGACAAACUAUUAACACUCUUAAUGCGGAAGGUGCAUACUCAAGUGUAACACUGGCAUGUAAUCAAAUAUUCUUUUCCUGUACAUUCUUGGAUAGUGUUGGAGUGUUUCUACUAUGAUUUGGUCAUAUUUAAGUUAAUUUUUCAUUAUUAUUCAAUAUUAUUUACUGUGUUACUUAGCAGCAAGGCCUAGGCAUACUUUUCAUGUUGUGUCAUUGGCGCAUUCAGUGAUGAAUAACUUUCUUUCAAUUAUUUGUUCUUUCUUUUCAAUUUUGUUCAUUAAAGUUGCAACUGCAUUUAACUCGGAAGACUUCAAGAAGUUACAGUCUUAUCAGUUACCCUUUAAAGUCAUUUAGUGCUGCGGGCUUCAGGGAAGCAUUCUAAAAAAUCACCUCUGAUAAUUAUUGAAGAUAUAAAUAAUUCAUUAAUCAAGUUAUAAAUACUUCAGCAUAGUUUUAAAUAACGUUUGUUGCACUACGAAGGCAGAUUGCGAUGUAGAUGCAGUUAAUUAAUCGUUAUAAUUAUUAAUUAUGUCGUGUUUCAUCGCUUGAGUUAAGUUCUUUUUUGUACGCAAUGAGUACCUAUCUUAGAUCCUAUUUAUUCUCCUAUUCGCCAUUCAGCUCAAAACUAAUUGCACGCAAGAUAGUGCACAUUGAAAAAUCUGAAUAAGGAACGUUACUAUGUAUAUACUAAAUUUCACUUAAUAUUUUACUUCAAAAUAACCGAAAAAGAAUAACCCUAUUUUUAAAAAGCUUCUGAAAAUUAAUGGAUCAUUAUAUUCACAAGAUCAAUGCGAUCAGUUUACAAAACUUAUUUCGUUUUAAAUAUUCUGAAAGUACAUCGAUAGUUAAAUUGAAGAAUUGAAUUGGCAUCUGAUUUGUGCUUAUCUAAAAUCUUCUAAACUUUGAUUCACAUUUUUGGAACAGCAGAAGAAUUCUAUACCAGAAUCAACUACCCAUAUUUGUAGUCGUGGGUAGAUGAAAAAAAUGUUCCUAAUAAUUAUCUGGUAUUAGAGUAUCUGAGUGCCUAAUAAGUAAUAUUCCAUUGAGAGAUAAAUUUUGUAUAUCCAUAGAAACACUUCUAGAAUUCGGUUCAAGUUCAAUAACACACAUGGUAUAGUCGUGCUAGUUUGUUUUAAUUCUAGCAGCAUUUCAUUCAUAGCUACACACAUGCUAAACACCUUGCAUACACACACACACACAGACACAUACACGUAAACAUGCGUAUUUUAAAAAAUGGUAAUGAAUUAACGGUAAUCUAAAUGUAACAUGUAUAUGAUGGUUGUACAAAUGUAACAUUUUUUUCCAUUGUGUAUGAUGAAGUUUUGGAGAUUUAAAAAAAAACGAAGCAAAAAGUAACAAACAAAGAAACGGAAUGUGUAGUUGGGAAAAAGACGCAUGUGCGAUAAUCCACAUUGUUUCGACAACAGAUCGAUCCAUUGAUUUAAACCGCAAGUGAUUUACCGAUAAAUAUAAUUACUCUUAAUUAUUAAUGAAAUACCAUUUCUGUAAUAACAUUAUGAUAUAAAACCAUACAUUGAAUGGGAAUUACUCACA